AUGGCACGAGAGCUCAAGGUCAAAAGAUAUGAUAUCGCCUUAAUCCAAGAGCCCUACCUGUACAAAGGUGAGGUGAAAGGACUCGGCGGCACAGGUGGAAUGUUUUCUUACAGGGAUCUCACAGCAGUGAAGAUCCAAAGGGAGGGAGAUUUGCGAGGAGUGAUAGUGGCAUCGGCAUAUCUCCCAUAUGAAAAGGCAGAUCCUGUGUCAAGGCAAAUGCAGGAUCUGAUACAACACGGCAACCAAGAAGAUCUGGAAACCAUCAUUGGCUGCGAUGCGAAUGCUCAUCAUGUUGUGUGGGGCAGCUCAAACAACAACGCCAGAGGAGAGAGGUUACUGGAUUUUCUGGUGAGUUCUGAAACACAUGUUAUUAACAAGGGUAACAAACCUACAUUCUUCAAUGCCCGGAGGGCAGAGGUGAUUGACCUGACGCUUGCAUGUAAAAAGGCAGUCCGGAAAAUCACUAACUGGUAUAAUGCUCCUAUAAGAAAAGACGCAAUAAAAAGAAGGAAUCCCAGGAACACUAAUUGGGAAGACUUCAAACGGGACCUAAGGACGGAACUUAGUGAACCAAAAUGCAAACUUAACUCUGUGCUUGAAAUAGAGUUUGACGCUGAUCGAAUCACCAAUGCCUUGAAGACUGCCUGGAGGGAUAACUGCCCGGAACGCGAGGCGGGAUCGAAGAAACUUCCAUGGUGGACCAAGGAAAUAGCCCUAUUACGAAGGGAGACAAGAAAGGCAUUCAAUAUAGCAAGAGCUAGGAAUGACUUUACAGAGUAUAGAAGAGCACUGACGGAGUAUAGCAAAGCGGUGCGAAAGGCAAAGAGGAAGGCAUGGAGGGAUCAUUGUGAGAUGAUCAACUCAGUUCCCGAGGGCAUGAGACUGACAAAGGCCAUGUCAACAACCAAAGCGAACCCACUUACUACAGUAUGGAGUGAGAGGGGGGGAUAUACGGAAGCAGGCAAAGAUACGUUGAAAACAAUGAUAGCAACGCACUUUCCUGAAUCACAGGUCCUAAACGAUGAUCAAGAUCCAAUCAGCGUGGAGGAACAAAAUAGAACAACAAACAAGCUCGACUGGGUUACGGCUAAAAGAGUAGUGGAUGAGACUAAGGAGCUGCUGCUUCUGACCACGGGGUACCACUACCUCUAUGCCGGUGGAUAG